UAAACAAAUUACAAAGAUGACAUUUUAAUAAUAUACAACGUUAAAGCGAUGGAAGCGAGGAUAAAAAUGCAACAGCCUGGUACAAUACCAAAAUCUCUUGGGCGUCAAGUUGGUGUGUUGCCUAUAAGUAGCGGAAAUAAGUUGAGACGAGCAAACAAAAGUGAUGUGGGAAUGGCUAUACCAGUUGGUGGUACAGACAUUGACCAGGUUCAGAGCUACCAGGCAAGGCCACCAUCCGGGUCAUCAGCUGGGUCAUCUAGACAAGCACAAUCCAAUGCUGGCCGAGUUGGAAUAAGGAGGACCAGUAGUAAAGGAGAUGUAAACAUUCAGGACACUGUCUAUUCAAGGAUGCCAGACAGGCCCAGUGAGCGGACAGUUGCUGGUCAGCUUAUGAAAAAAUACCUAGGUACCGCUAAUGUAAAUCUGCCCAAUCCCAGCCCUGGAGACCAGCAGGAGGAACCACAGUCUCGUGGAAACAUGUUGACAGUGAGCUCUUCUCGGGGCAAGGCACAGAGGACAUCCCCUGCAAGCUCAAGGACAGCAGGGUCUGAGGGCACCAGGAAAUCAUCAGCCAGCAAACAGGAAACCUCUUCAGGGCAGCAAAGCUCAAGAUCAACCUCCAGUAUCACAAAUAAUAGCAGCACGAAGGGGAAAAGGGCAAUGCCAGGAUCAAGAGUGAAAAAGUCUAACAGUAUCAAAGAUGUAAAUGAUGUAGCCAUAGAAGACGACUUGGAAGGUCAAGAUAUCAAGUUUUAUGACAUUCCCUCACAAAGAUCAAGGCCAGGGUCUUCCAAGGUCAGGAGGUCACCAGGGUCAGCCAGAAGUCAGAUUUCUGAUGGUCAUGGUGGAGAAAACGGGAAAAAGCAACACAAGACCAUAGAUCCGGAGGAAAUACUUGCUCAGAACAUGGAGUCAGACCUGAACAAAAUCUAUGAGAUCAACCUUCACAUGAACGAGCUCACACACAUAGACCACAUGGAAAAGUUCAAGAAAGUCAAAGUGCUAGAUCUGUCCUGUAACUUUAUUGAGCAGAUACAGAAUCUGGAAUUCAACAAGGACCUUAGAGAACUGAAAUUAUAUGACAACAGAUUGCGGAAAAUUGAAUGCUUAGAAAAUUUGAAGGAGCUGGUGAGUCUACAGUUGCAGCACAACAAGAUCAAGGUCAUAGGGAAGAGCUUAUCAGGCCAGAAGAAGCUGAAGACUUUACGCAUUGACUGUAACCAGCUGUUGAAGAUUGACCCGCCAGAGUUGUCAAUGUGUGUUCAGAUCACCACCCUUGACAUCAGCUACAACAUGCUCGACAGUCUUGCUGCUCUUAAUUAUCUGCCGAACCUGGAGGAGGUGAAUGCUGCAGGGAACCGGCUCAGAACUGUUUCAGACCUGAGCAAGUGCAAGCGUCUGGGCGAGCUUGAUUUGUCUGGAAACAGAAUCACUGACCUAUCUGGACUUCGAGGACUUCCCAAGCUUAAUACUCUGAAUAUUUCUAAUAACCAGUUAUCCAGUCUUAAAACUCUGGGGAAAUUGAGGAACCUUCAGGACUUGUUGGCGAGCCACAACCACAUACAUGAGUUGUCUCCCAUCCCCGUCCAGUUACCCGGCCUAGAAACCCUCGACCUCACCAACAAUGAAAUUGUUGACUGGGAUGAGUUUUACCACCUGGACGGUAUGGCGGGGCUGGUGGAGCUGUUUGUAGCGGAGAAUCCGUUCUGUGCCCCUGAAGGCUCCAUGCCUCACUAUUUUUCUGCCAUCCAGGUUGUCCUGCCUGACCUAGAGAUAAUCGAUGGGGCCCAUAUCAAGAAGCAUGUCUCUAAAGGCGCUCCUCUCAUGAGACCCAUGUCUGCAUCCACCAUUGUGAGUCUUCGUCAGAUGGAUUCCCAGAUGCGCUCUGCUGAUGAUCAAAUGAGGAGUCUGGAGCGCAGCCUUGAGGAGAAGUUUGCUGCCCUGCGGAGCACGUGUGACAGCCUGCCUCUGGAGCCCCCGUCCUCCAGUCGCCCGGGAUACAGCCCCACCCUGUCUCCGGACACGCCCUCGUCAAGCUGCAGCAGUAGGUCACGCAUCCUGCAGGCACGCAGGUUUGCGGCCACAGUUGAGAAACCUUGACACGCUCGGUUGAUAAAAAAGAACAGCAUUAUAUAAUUAUUAUCACAUUAAAUACCAAGAUAUUUUGAGUCACUGUUUUAGUCAGCAUGUUAAAAAAGUGUCUGAAAAAUAUUUGUUUAUAUUAUUACUGCCAAUAUCCAAUUGUCCUUACCUUAAGUUCACCUCACAGUGCUUAUUGUGGGUUAUCAUGACUCAGAUGUAAACUUUCUCUGAGUUCAAAUCAGUUGUCUCAUAAAUGGUAGGGUAGGGACAAAGCUUUUUGUUUGUUUGAUUUUUAAGUCCAAUCUUAACUGCAGAGCAAGUCACAAAUGCUUACCAUGUCAGUUCGGAAUAUUGUGUAUUUAAUCAUUAAUACCAAUGGUCAACAAAAACUAAAAAUCAGAAGAUCGGACAUUUUUUAUGAAGGGUAAGAAACCCUUUAACUAUCGAGGGUUUUUCACAAGUCUGGUUUUGGUGGCCUUUAAAACACAGGUAUUUCUUUUAGGACUCAUCAGCAUUUUGCUUGUAUCCAUUCCAUAUUGGUUGGUAUUUGUCUUAGGCCUCAUCAACAGUUUACUUGUAACCAUGCCAUAUUAGUAGCUAAUUAUUUAAAGCGUCAUCAAAUAUUUGCUCCUAACCAUACUACAUUGGUUGUAGUUCUGCAGCCAGUACUUUACCUUGCUUUAAAAAUUGUUUUCAAUAUUCACAAUCCUAAUGUUAUAACAUACCUGAAAUCUUAAUAUAAGUUAAGAGUCCACUUUAUAUUAAUUUGCUACUGACUAGAGUGUUUUUACUAGAAUGCUAAUGAGGAUGUUUAUUCCAAUUUAUAUGUUGAGAUAAGUGCAGCUCUGUCUGAAGCAGCAUGGAAUUUUCAUGCACAUCGUUCUCAGGAGGUCUGUUCUAGUGCAGUUGUUUUGAAAUUAGUUUAAAAAUCACGCACACGCAGACUUCAGGCAACAACUUAAAACAUUGUGCAGAAUAAUGUUGCCUCUGAGCAGAAUUUUAUGGCUAUGAUGGCAUGCUCUUCCAUGGUGAUGGAUUUGUUCAACACAUGGUGGUCAUAAAAUUAUUCGCAGAAAGGGGAGUGAGGCAUCUUAAACACAAGUCUGUUACAUUUUGUAUUCAGAUUAUAGUGUUGUCUUCUUUAUAAAGGGGUAAUUUAAAAAUAUUUUUUACCAUAUAUCAGUACUAGUAUCGUUUACAUACACUCAUGGCAAUGGAACAAGUUUGCAAUCUGUCACUGUAUUUUGUUCUUUUUUGUGCAGAGCUUUGAGUGUCUGAGGAGAUAAAAUGUAUAUGUACUUGAUUUCUGUUUGCAAAAACAAGGAGAUAAUCAAACUUACUUUUUUCAACAGAAAUGUAUUAAAAAAAUACAUAUGGUUAUUAGAACCUCAUUGCAGAACUUGAUAAAAACCAAUGCUCAAUUAAAUGUUUGGGAACAUUCAUUAUACAACAAAACUCUUUACAUGGUUAUUAGAAACUCAUUACAGAACUUGAUAAAACCUACAAAUUACUUCCCACUUCCUUUGUAUAUGGCCAUUAUUAACAGAAUACAGUAUCAUAGUUCUUACAUAUAACAAUUCCUUGUUAUGGUAUUGAUGUAGUAAUUGACUUGUGUUGUUAAAGCUAAGUAUCCUUGUUAGCAAGGUUAGCUUGUCUGAGUCCGUCUCUAUGUGAUCAGUUUGCAAACACACUCUGAAGGCAACCAUGUUUCUCAAGAAAUGUUAAUUCCAUAUUUAUUCAUUUUGCCACAUCAUAGACUUUCGAUAUGGUUAAUGUGCAAACUGCUAUGGUUUACAUUCAUGGUUCUACCAAUGAGAAUGCCAGACAGAUUCUGCCAGCUUCCAACGAAAACAUCCAAAGUUCUGUAUAUCAAUUAAUUGUGUUUUUUUUAAAUGGGUUGUAAAAUGGUUCAGGCAUGCAUGCUGGUUUGUAUAGAACUUUUUUGUGCCAAACACUCUGAUAGUUAUAAAUUAAUUUUGGUCUAAACAAUACAGUCAGCGCCCAACUUGAUGGUUCGGAAGACCAAAAAAAUAGCUAUGACAAAGUGCUUUGACAAAACAUUAUUUUGGUGAUUUGUUAGAUGAGAAUUUGUCUGGCGAUCUUUUUUUGCAGAUAAAUGGGUGAAAACACUACCGGUAUUGAUAAUUAGAGAAUGUUGUUGAGGUCUGUGUGUAAUACAUCUUGCUGACCUUGGUAAGUGACAUUUGUCUAAAGCAUCAUUUAUGGUCAAUAUCACUUUCAUUGUCUUUAAAAAGCAAUGGUGUCUGUGUAAACUCUGGUGUUGAAUGAGACUGUGAUUACAUUCCCAUUUGUCUGAGCGGCUAUGAUGGAUGAGAGAGGCCUGAUGUCUCUCUUGCAUGAUCUAUAAUGAGCUACUCUGAUAAUUCAUCAGCUUUUACAGGAAACACACAUUCCAUUUACAUCUUCCCUUGAAUCCAGACUCUCCAAGCCAUGUUUGGAAUGCUUUAUAUGUGAAGCUGUUCCUGUAAAUACUAGACACUGCCAGACAAGCCUUGACCAUAGCUCUCAAAAAAUCUUCAAACUAUUUACAUGAAACUUAGACAAACCUUGGUCUUAGCUCUCAAAACAGUUCAAACUAUUCACAUGAAACUUAGACAAACCUUGGUCAUAGCUCUCAAAACAGUUCAAACAAUUCACAUGAAACUUUGACAAGCCUUGGGGAAAGCUCUCAAAAACAGUUCAAACCAUGCACAUGAAACUUAGACAAACCUUGGUCAUAGUUCUCAAAACAGUUCAAACUAUUUACAUGAAACUUUGACAAACCUUGGUCUUAGCUCUCAAAAACAGUUCAAACUAUGCACAUCAAACUUAGACAAGCUUUGAUUAUAGCUCUCAAAACAGUUCAAACCAUGCACAUGAAACUUAGACAAGCUUUGGUCAUAGUUCUCAAAACAGUUCAAACCAUGCACAUGAAACUUAGACAAGCUUUGGUCUUAGCUCUCAAAAACAGUUCAAACUAUGCACAUCAAACUUAGACAAGCUUUAGUUAUAGCUCUCAAAACCAGUUCAAACUAUUCACAUGGAACUUAGACUAGCCUUGUUUAUAGCUCUCAAAACAGUUCAAAUGAUUCACAUGAAACUUUUACAAGCCUUGGGGAUAGCUCUCAAAAACUGUUCAAACUAUGCACAUCAAACUUAGACAAGCCUUGGUUGUAGCUCUCAAAAACAGUUCAAACUAUUCACUUGAAACUUUGACAAGCCUUGGGGAUAGCUCUCAAAAACAGUUCAAACUAUUCACUUGAAACUUAGACAAACCUUGGUCAUAGCUCUCAAAAACUGUUCAAACUAUUCACUUGAAACUUUGACAAGCCUUGGUUAUAGCUCUCGAAACAGUUCAAACUAUUCACAUGGAACUUAGCACACAGUGACACCACACAACUAGGUAGCAAGUCCAGGUAAUCUGGUUGAAACAUGGUGUGGUGAACUGUAAUGGCAUCCACUUAAGUGUUCUUGUUGUUUUUAUUUUCAUAAUAUUGACAAAAAAGAAGAACUGUACUCCUUGCAAAUAUAUAGCAGUAGAACAAAUCACAGCUCAUGGCAAUGUUUUCAAACUUUUUUCCAAGUUUUUAAUAGAGUUCAAUGAGUAGUAUAUUUAUUUUUGUGUAUUUUUUUAAUCUAUGUUCAUUUUAAUUAAUGCCAUAAGUAUGAUAAUUAUACAUAAUAUGUAAAUGUUUGUUUACAAUAUAGAUAUCCUUGUUAAACAGGGUUGUUUGUUAAAGUUUGUGUGAUGUGUGUUUUUUAUAGUUUUGUUUUAUUAUACUUGUAGUAAGGCAUAUUUUCAGUUAUAUGAAACUUUAUUUGUAGUGCACAGAUUUGUAUGUUGAUAAUGUAAACCUAGUUGUUUCGAUUGUCAAAUGCCAAUGUAUAAAAUGGUCUUCUGAUGCAUUAAACAUAGCUAGAGUAGAUGUGGAUAUUAACAUUAGACUGUAUUGUAAUCAUAAUGUGUUAUUACAAUGUAAGCUUAGUACUUAUGGUGAACAAGAGACAAAAUAAUACAGUCUGCAUUAAGCAUUCCCGUGAGAUGUUAUCUAUACAUGUUCAUUUUACCCAUGUUAUUUAUUUAAAUGUUUGAGAACUUUUACAAUAAAGUUGUGCAUUACUUCUGCCUUGUUCAGCUUCUAUAAAUUCAUUAGAUUAACUAAAAUUAGUGUCCAAUUAGGUCACGGGAUUUUCAAGAAAUAGAAGUGUCUGUUUCAUGUAGAAUGUCAAGUCAAAAACACAAGUUGGAAUAGAAUUUGGCUUUGUCUAUGUAAAUCAACA